UCCGAAAUAGAUACCGACAGCGAUUUGGAAGGAAACUUACCAGCAUUCAAUAGAUUCUCGCCCAUCAUUUCUUUCCUACGACGUUUUUUCACGAAGACUGCUGUGAGUCCUACGGCGAUGUCAACCGCAAAGGCAAAAGUUGAACAGAUCAUUAACGAUCACGCUGUUGCUGUUUUCAGCAAAAGCUAUUGUCCACAUUGUGACCAUACAAAGAACCUAUUAGAAAGUAUGGGUGCGAAAUAUACCGCCAUUGAGCUCGAUCAAAUUGAUGAUGGGUCCACCAUUCAGGCAGCCUUAAAAGAGAUUAACGGUCAAUCAACAGUACCAAAUAUUUACAUUAAUAAGGUCCACAUUGGUGGCAAUUCAGAUCUCCAAUCUAAGAAAUCCACGCUACCAAGUUUACUUAAAGAUGCAGGAGCAUUGUAG